AUGGGAUGUUUUGGGGUCAUUCUUGGUUUGUGGAUCUUUUCCAUUUUGAUGAUUCACGGUCAAGACGAGGAAUUAGGCAUAGAAAUAGACCCAUUCAUGGAAUCCAUUCCGCCAACAUUCUUGACUAACAGUUCAAAAGAAGAUACCACCUCCUUCACAACUGGGAUGGACGUGGACGAAACCACUACUUUGGAGGAAACUUCGACUAUAACUGCCUCCUCAGUUACUGCGGCAAUUACUACUACAACUACUACUACUACAUCUUCCGACCCCCCCACUACGACCACCAAAGCUCCGACCAAAGAGAGCGAUUCGUUUAACGCCACAAAAUUCGUACCAGGCGGUUUCUGUCAAUGUGAUUUGAUGGUGGGGUCUUGCGAUAUCAAUUGUUGUUGCGAUCAAGAUUGCUCCACCAGGGAUCGAAAAGCCUUCUCAGAUUGUUUGGUUCAACUUCCCCUCAAUCCAGAUGACAACUAUUGCUACACCACCGAAAUUUUUUAUGUCAACGGGACUCAAUUUGCACUAGGAGUUUCUCCAAACGGUGUAUUUUGCGCCCUUUCCACAGAACUGGAAGACGGACUCCAGUUCAAAGAAAGAGAGAUCUUGGAUAAUGUGACACUCUUCAAUAAGAUUAAGACCAGACAUGAGCAGUUUUUGUGGCCCAAAUUGGAUACGAACGUCAACGUUCGGGUAGAUCCCUCUCAUUACAAAGUAGGCGAAGUUAUAUGGAUCGAACAAAACGGGAUUGUGGGCAAACUAACCUUUCCAGAUUCCCUCAACAGUCGGGAUUGCAAUGCCUUUCGACCCGUGGAGUUUAUGACUGAUACGGACAUUUCAUGCACAUAUUUCUCCUUGACUCCCGACACUGAUUGCUCCCAAGAGCCACGGUUGAAUUUGCAGACCUUCACCAGAGCCUUCAAAGUCGUCAAAAAUCCAAAUCUCUACCUGAAUGAUACCGCAAAAGGUAGAGGCCUCAUUGAUAUUGAAGUUCAGCUUUGCCGUUCAGAUGGUCAUAAAACGAGCACUUGCAUGCAAAUCCAGGAUCAAGAUCCAAUUCCCGAGCCAACUUCCCAAUGCCGGAAUGUCCUCAAGAGUUUACACUACGAAAUCAUCCAUAACGGUGUGGAUGGAAUUGAGAAGAUAACGGCUUUCGCCGAUUUAACUGAUGAAGUAUCCCAUGUUCGACCCACAUACGUUGAGCAGAAGUUUCGAGCGGACUUCUUUUGGAGCUCCGACAACUUAACCAGUGUGCAAGUUCGAAGUGGAAAUCCGGGCUAUUUGGACGGAAAACCUUUGAGAACGGGAUUGCUCAAAUACGACCAUGAAUUGACUGCUUGGGUCAUUGAUAAGUUCGAGAAUCCACUGGAAUCGCCUGUAUCGUUGAUGCCUCAAUCUCCUGAUGGAUCCUGCAUCCCUGCAAUUGGAUCCAAGCAAAGAACACCGAUGAAUUUUCGCAAAAAUAUCAGGAUUGGGUGCUCGUUUCACCUUGAACAACAGUCGAUAUCUCGGGAGUGUGAGAAUCUCAGACGUCAAACUAUGGAUCUACUGGUAGGAGGGAGUGGAGUUGAAACCCUGCGAGAGUCCAUGGUUGCAUCAUUUGGUAACUCCGAGAGUCAAUUCCCAGGGGAUUGGGUGCCCGUUAUUGUGAGUAAUGCUCCAUCUCCGCCAAAUCAGGGUAAUAACAAUCGAGAAGAACGCCCUGGGGUGUGCUCGAAUGUCGUUCUGGGCCUGCAUAUAGAGGUGGUCCAUUCUAAAACGGGGUCGCUGGCCAAUCCCCAAGCCAAAAUCAUUGGAGUCAAUUACAGAUUCGCACCUCCACAAGAUGUCAAAAUCCGAUGUUUGGGCCAGUCCUGCCAGUCGGUACAUCAAUCUCAAAGAUUAGAAGUGUUCACAACCGUUAACUUUGUAGACGUGAGUCAAGAGGCAGAAGAUCGCUAUGCAGAAUUCCCCGUGUUCGAGGCCAAACUCCCCUACGAUUUUUUUUACCCCUUCGUGAGCCAGAGUGUCAUGUCUUCAACGAUCAGUCACUUCCUAUUACCUCAUGGUUACUACCUACCCCUUUGCUACUCGUUGCAUUGGUUUCUUAGUGAUUAG